AUGAUGCCACCUCCCACCACAAGGGUGAUUAUAAAAAACCUGCCAAGGGAUCUGGAUGAAAGGGGCCUGAAAACGCAUCUUUCUUCCAUAAAUUGCUCCAUAACCGAUCUGAAAUUAAUCCGCACGCCACAGGGCGUCUCCCGCAGGUUUGCGUUUGUCGGCUUUGAAAAUACGGAAGAUACGUCAAAGGUAAUUCACCAUUUCAACAAUACGUUUAUCGGAACAAUUAAAAUCUCAAUUGAGCCUGUUUCCCAUAGCACGCUUCGUGCUGCUCUCCCCGCCAAAGGCGUAUCCACGAAGCUUGAAAAGCUUGAAAAAAGAGCCACCCUUCUUUCCCUCUUUUCCAAAGAAGAUGAAAAUGAUCCCGAGCUUCGUUCCUUUUUGUCUGCAAUGAAGUCAAGAAGUAAAGGUCAAACUUGGACCAAUGAUGACGAAAAUACUGGAGACAAUAUUAAUGCGACCCAGACAUCACAUGCCAUCUCCACUCGUAAGGAGAAUGAUUCUGAUGAUGAAUACGAAGAUUGGUCCUUUUCACAAAAAACUGCAAAUAUCAAAGAUACAAAGUUGAUGGCCAAUAGCGACAAUAGGUCGGCUACUGCUAAUGAAGAAGCCCCGAAGCUUCCUCCAAAUGCAAUUCAACAGCAAAAGGAGUCUGUUUUGGACUCUGGAAGGCUUUUCCUGCGCUCCCUUUCCUAUACGUGCAAAAGCAAGGAUUUAGAAGCCCUCUUCUCAGCAUAUGGUCCCAUUUCAGAGGUGACUCUUCCAAUUACGCUAGACAGCCAUCGCUCAAAAGGAUUUGGGUUUGUCCAGUUUCACCAGCCAGAGCACGCACUUGCUGCAUUUAAUUCACUUAAUGGCACAAUAUUCCAGGGACGGCGCUUAUGGAUUGGGCCUGCAGCAGAGAAAAAUACUCCACCUUUGGAUUCGAUCACAUGUUUUAAAAAGCUCAAGUUGGCAAAAGAGAAAGAAGCAACGAUCAAAGAAACUGGACCUAACCAAAGGUUUUCUUCGCUUUUUCUUGCCCCCGAUGCCGUGAUGGAGGCCAUUUCUGCCCACCUUGGCAUACCAAAACGAGCUCUGCUUACAGAUCCAGAUGCUGCGGCAAAAAUGGCCAUUGCUGAAACAUUUAUUAUUGAGCAGACAAAAUCCUUCAUGCUCCAACAUGGUAUCCCUGAUUAUGGACACCUCAAGGAGCGUUCAAAGAAAAUAAUUCUAAUCAAAAAUAUCCCAUAUGUUGAUGAGGAGGGAAUCAGAGACUUCAUUGGCGGGAUUGGCGGCGCUGUAGCCUCGGGAUUAGUUCGCCUAUUAGUCCCACCCACACAAUCUAUAGCAAUUGGAGAGUGGGAGAGUGAAGAAUCGGCUAUGACCGCCUUCAAAGCGCUUUCCUAUCGGCGGUUCAAAUCUGCCCCCCUUUACGUUGAGUGGGCGCCUUUUCAAGUUCUUUCGGAACCCCCCAAGCCUCAUUCAAAGCCUGUCGCAGCAAAAGCUGGCUCGAUAAUCAUCGAUCAUGCAGAGCAAGCACAAGCAAACAACGAUCCCAUUUCAAGCCACUUGGAAAAUAUGAGCCCGAGCACGACCACAUCUCUCUUUGUGAAGAACUUGAAUUUCCAUACAACAUCGGAGAAUCUUCUCAAAGCGAUCAAAAGCCUCGGCUUUCAAUCUGCCAGUGAUAUAACCUCUGCAAGAGUUUGCAUGAGAAAAGAUCCAAAGAAGGGCAUGCUUUCGUGUGGCUAUGGUUUCAUCUCGUUUUCCUCCAACUCUGCAGCAUUGAAGGCACUUUCUUUUUUAAAAGAAGAACCUCCUACUUUGGAUGGCCAUCGCCUACAAGUGCAACUUGCCAUGAAUGAUGAAGCCCAAUUAGACGAAGAUGGUGAGAAUAACACUCGUGCAAAAGAGAAAUCCGGGUCAACCCUUUUGGUUAAAAAUCUUGCAUUUGAAGCGACUUCUGGAGAGCUUAGAAAGAUUUUCAUGCCAUUUGGCCAGGUCAAGAGGAUUCGCCUCCCAAGGAAGGUGUCAGUUUCCUCGUCUUCUCCCGGUAGCCAUCGUGGGUUUGCCUUUGUCGAGUUUACUACUCGUGCGGAUGCAGAAGCUGCACUAUCGGCUCUUCGUCACACACAUCUUUAUGGGCGUCAUCUUGUCCUUCAAUGGGCUGAGGAUGAUACAGAGUCUAUUGAGAGGAGGCUACGUCUCUCCCUUCAAAGCCAGGCUACCUCUUUUUUUUCAGGCAAUAGAAAAGCAUCUAAAUUGGCUGGAAAUAGUGGUUCAGAGGCCAAUGGUGAAGACGAUGACGACGAUGACGACGAUGAUGACGAUGACGCAGAAGAAGAAGGCUAUUGA